UUCCUGGUACCUGCAGCCUUCCUUGUGCUUGCAUCUUUCCUGGUACUUGUAUCCUCCCUAGUAUGAGGAUCGUCACCGGUGCUUGCCUACAUGCGCAAGACUGCUCCGAUAUUCAACGUCAAGGUGUGACUCAGAGUGGCGUCUACCAGAUCUUCCCCAAUAAUUCUGGAGUGGGUGUGAGAGUGUUGUGUGAAGUACAAGAGGGACACAUGUGGACAGUGUUGCUAGUCCGCCAGCACCAGAUUCCACAAGAGAUCUUCGCCAGAAAGUGGCAAGACUACAAGAACGGCUUUGGCAACCCACACGGGGAAUACUGGAUGG